GUUCUUAUAAUCAAUGCCUGUAACUAUUAUGCUUACUUUUUUUUAACGAUCGAUGCAUGCUUAAUUGUUGUUUUACAUGUUACCCGUAAUUAGUGGUUGAAAUGCGAUCACUUAGUCGACGAAGGAAGGAUAGAUAGCCGAAGAUGACAACAGCAGCACGACCAACGUUCAACCCAGCAAAGGGAGGCAGUGGGAAAGGAGAAGGGGAUUUGAGUGCUCUAUCCAAGCAGUAUUCCAGUCGUGAUCUCCCAGGGCAUACAAAGUUGAAAUACAGACAACCUGGUCAGGACACGAGCGAUGAGCUCCGCAGCCGCGACUUCCGCAAAGAUCUUGAGGAUAGAGAGCGUGCAGCCCGGGAGAAGAGGAGCGAUAGGGGAAGGGAGUCGUCUAGUAGCAGUAGCACCAAGAGACCAAGGUUAGAACAGAUACCAGCCGCUAAUCUGGAUGCAGAUGAUCCUCUUGAUAAUGAUGAUGAUGAUGCAUCUGACGACAGUGAUGACGAGACAGCUGAACUUCUUGCUGAACUAAACAAAAUCAAGAAAGAAAGAGUUCAGGAAAAUUCAAGAAAGGAGCAAGAAAAGAAAGUCGAAGAGGAGAGGAUAAGAACAGAAAACAUUCUGAGCGGCAAUCCUCUCAUGUCAUCACAGAAAUCGGACUUCAAGGUCAAGAGAAGGUGGGAUGACGAUGUGGUCUUCAAGAACUGUGCCAGGGGGGAGGACGACAAGAAGGAGAAGAAGUUCAUCAACGAUACCCUCCGGUCAGAAUUCCACAAGAGAUUCCUGGAGAAAUACAUACACUAACCAAGGCACACGAGUGUGAGAACUCAAUUGGACGGUGCAUUAAUGCUUUGCUUUUUGUCAUGAAACAUCUUUUGAUGGUGCCCAACAAUGGUGGGCAAAGGAGGAACAACAUCAGAGAUUUGCACACCUUUUUCUAAUAGCUGGUGACAUGCAUUUAUAUAGAAAAUUUUAAUCAGACCUUGACCAGGAGAGACGUGUUGCUUGGUGCCCAACCCCUGGACAUGAAGAUAGAACUGUCUUUGGAGGAGGAGAAAGGUUUACCAUCUGAGCUUUGUUCACCAUUUUCCACAGGUAACACCAUCGGUUUAAAGUGAAAAUAUUACAUUUUGCUUCGGAUCUUUACCAUGAGAGAGCCGUUGCAUGGUGCCCGACCCCUGGACAUAAAGAUAGAAAUGUCAUUGCAGGAAGAGAAAGAAGGGUUACCAUCUGAGAUUGCCAUGGUUUCAUAGUGUAAACAUUGCUUUGACACUCAACAGUCAACACAGACACACAUAUCCACUACAUGUUCACCUGGCCACAUAUAUGUAGGCCUGCGAUUGUUGACCGCUAGUUUUGACAUUUUCUCAACUAUAACAAAGAAGCAGAAGGUAAAACUGGCCAAGUUUAAUGUAAAAAGUGUAUAGUCUUUUCUUUAUUUAGUGCAUUAUGUAUAUUUGUAAUAGUGAACUUGUGUUUCAGUUCAUUUCAAGUACAGGUAACUCUGCCUUAGUCAAAUCUUUUUUGACCAUAGAAAUCUGUUUGAAUAGAAAAAAGAAUAUAACACGUUUUAAAUAAUCUUGUCUAAAAAUUCCUUCGACUUCGGCAAAUAUUUGACUAAUUGAAAAUUGACUCGGGCAGAGUUACCUGUAAUUAUCUUAUUCUAUGUUAUCACUCUUAUUCUAUUAAUGAAUGAUAAUUUAUCAUUGACUACUGAAUGAUUCAAUUCUCAUGCACUUUGUACAUAGCUUAGUGAUUUCAGAAGGCAAUGGGUUAAAUCUUGUAUCGCUCUGGUGGGUGUUUCAUAAAGCUGUUCUUAAGUUACAAGUGACUUUACGAAUGACUGGUGACCCUUUCUUGGGAUCUAAGUCCACUCCAAUUAAAAUCUACCAGAGAUCAUUUUACCACAAGAAAGAUUCACCAGUUGUUAGUAAAUUUGCUUGUAAUUUAUGAACAGCUGUAUGAAAACCAGACCUGCUCGGACACUCUAUCUAGGAUAUAUUCUUGUCAAGAAUAGUAAACUCUGUAUGUUAUCUGUUUGUAAUUAGGGAAAGUAAAUCAAGAUAAAACUCA